AUGGACCACUACCCUUCUCAACCACGGCCGCCGCUCCGCUCGGCUACCGGGUUCAGCGCCUUCAGCAGGAUAUCGACCGUGUCUGACUUGGCGGACCUCGGCAGCUUUGACGGUGUCGCGACAGAACCUCCAAUUCAAACCCGGCCAGGUCUCAGCUCCCUCCAGACGACCCAUGCCGUUAGUUUUGGCCUCAUUCACGGUAUAGAAAAUGAAGGCUAUGUUUAUGCCAGUCCGACAGCCGGCUGGACAACCUUGACUGGCCACUCCAGUAUUGGUUAUUCGCCAAUAUCUUCGACCGACGCGUCGGUGCUUCACGAUCAAGGCCGGUACUAUGCCCACAGGCGCCACGAAGUUAUUCCCGAGGAGGACGGCGUCGACCUGGGCCUGGUCAAGUCCGCUGCUCCAAUAGCCGGCGAGAACGAGAAGUCAAGCAUUCGUGUAGCCUCAGAUCAAGUCUUUUUCGAUUUGACCAGUGCCCUUGGACCGAUAACUCAAGCCGACGAGGCCUUCAUCAGUGCGCAACAGCAGCAGGAGGCUCACGGGAAGCUGACGGGCGGUCUGGGCCACGGCAUUAAGACCGACACGACGCUGACCGAGUCAGCUCUGCUGGCAACGAGCUUACUGGGCCAGAAGGAGGCCAACAAGCGCGGCGAGGUGAUUGAGGUGGUCAUGGAGGAAGUCCCAUCGCACUCCGAAGUUGAUAUCAGCCUGGUCUCGGGUCACAAGCAAGAGGAGCCAGCUCCGUUCGUCAUGGGGCAGACGACCUUCCCGACCAGGACGGCCACGGCUACUGUCUUCUAUUCGCAGCCCAACUGGAGGCCCUUCUCCAUGACAUGGCCGUACCUCCUUUUGCUGGUCAUCCUGUCCCUCGGACUCGGAGCUGGCGUUGAGGGGCUUUACCAAUCGUCCACCCACAUCCCGCUGGUCAGCUUCCACUCGCCAUCCCAGAUACCAACUGCCGAGUAUUUUGCCGUCAAGUUCCUGCCCAUGAUCGUUACCGUCUGUUACGGUGUGCUCUGGCAAAUCACCAAUUUUGAGGUCAUGCGCCUUGAACCCUUUUACCAGCUCUCCAAGGAGGGCGGCGCUCUUGCCGCCGAGUCGCUCAACGUCGACUACCUUACCCAGUUCAACCUCUUCCGCCCAAUUCGGGCCCUUCGAUACCGGCACUAUGCCGUCGCCGUGUCGUCGGUCGCCAGCCUGCUUGCCAACACCCUUGCCCCCACACUCGGCGCCGCCUCCCUCGUACUCGCCCCCGAGCGCAAUGCCCGCCUGCGAAUCCCUAGCAUCGAGAAGCAUAUUCUCGUUCAUCACAUCUGGUCCCGCUUGCUGACCGUCACCUUCACCACCAUUGCCGUCCUGGGCGGCAUCCUCUUUUACCUUCUACAAACCCGCCGCUCCGGCCUGCUCGCCGACGUCAAGGGCAUCGCGGGGCUCGCCUCCAUGGCCACCGUCAGCCGCAUCCUCAUGGACUUCAAAGACAUGGACGUGGCUAGUCACCAGGACAUUCACGCCAAGCUGUCCCACCGCCGCUAUGUCCUGCGCAACUCGGCGCUCGCGCCAGAUGACUCCACCACUACCAGCACUUCCUCCUCCUCCCUCCAUCCACCCAGCCUUGCUGGCGACGACCAGCGGUACACCAAGAACCACCUCUCAGCUAACCCUCAUCCGCUCAUGCUCCGCCCCCUCGGCGCCGUCCCCUUCUUGGCUCUCAUCCUCCUCUUCACCGCCCUCUUGUUCAUAAUCCUGUUCACCCCGGGCGCUACCGCCCUCACCGACCGCGCCCCCUGGCUUGUCACGGCCCUCGCCGUCGUCAUCAAACUCUCGUUGGCCGCGCUGGAGACGGAUGUCCGGCUCAUGGAGCCGUAUUACAUCCUCUCAAGGCGACACGCGCCAGCCGGGACGCUGUGUCUGGAUUAUACGGCUAUGCCGUUUGGAGGAGCGCUGCAGGUCGGCGGCAUGGAGACGGUGCCGAGCUUCUGGGUGUCGCUGGCCCUGGCCGUCGCCAUCCUGCUGUACAUGGGCGUCGUGGCCGGGUGGGUGUUUGUCCGGCGUGGGCGCGUGUUUCUGCCGCGGCAGCCCAACACGAUUGCUAGCGUCCUGGCGUACAUCCACCAGAGCAAGAUGCUGUACGGGUUUGUCGGCACGGCUAAGCUCAGCAGUGCUGAGAUGGUCGGAUGGCUGGAGGAGCGCGGCAAGACGUACGGCUUGGGAUGGUUCCAAGGCCGCGACGGGCAGAGCCAUUGCGGCGUCGAUGAGGAGGAGCUGCUGAGCGGGUACAAGGUCGGGUAUGACUACUCGAGGGCGACGAAGCCGUGGGAGGAGGCCGAGGUUAGGUGGCUUUGA